AGUGAACGACGGAGUCCGUGGUGUUUUUACGUAUACAGUAUACAUUGCAAAUCUUGGCUAUAGCCUCCUUUUGCUGUUAUUUAAAAUGGGUGCUUUACCAUCAACAUUGAUCCGCACAUGAAAAUAUCAAAUACGUUCCUUUUUCUUAUGUUCCGGGAAGAUAUGACCAUCGCUAAUAUUUAUUCGUUUCCAUGACCAUACAUUUUGAGAGCAUCACAGACAUAGUCGGGGCAAAGAAAUAAAAGUAAUUGUAAUUAAAUUGUCAUUAGACACAAACAGAAUAAUCAUUAGAUAGUGACAUAUUCAUAACUAAACCUUGUCAAAAGGGACUUGUUUGUUUAAACCCAGGACAAGUUUGCUUAUGCAGUUAUGUUCUUCAUGUAACAAUCACUUUUAGAAAAUCCAUGAAACCUUUUAUGACAAGAUGAAGAAAACCACAGGAGGAGCACCCAAAUCAAAAUCUAGUGGUUCACCGGCACCUGCUGGGACCAAGAAAGGCGAGGCUACUGGAGUAGGGCGGGGCAGGCAAACCCCUACCUCUAAGGCAGUGGUACCUAGAGGAAGUCGAGCCAUGGCACCGAUGAAGAUGACAAAACAAGAUGGCAUCCUGGUACCAGAAGGUUAUACCAUGAGGAAAAUCGAACCAGCCAAAAACUAUGAUGUUGUGUCAUUCGCCCGUGCGAUGAAUGAUGACUUUGCCCCUCGACUGAAGAAGUUGUUUGACCCUGAAACUGAGGCUGCAGUGGAGGCUCAGAAAACUGGUAUCUAUAUUGGCUGGCGAUGUCCGGAGUUCAAGCAUGACUGUCAGCGAAUCAACAAGAUGUCCAAAUGUUUCUGUAGUCAUUUGUUGGGGGAACAUGACAAGUAUACAGGGCACAGUGUACGGGUCCCUUGUAAGCAAUCGGGCUGUCCUUGUAAAGCUUUUGCAUGGGUUCCAUCUCGCCCAGAGGACAUUGGAGAAUUCUGGUUCCAGCGGCGUAGAGACUUCGAUGUGACAACCUGGCGAUGUAAAUGUAAAUGUAAACACACCCAUGAGGAGCAUGAUCCUAACGGCCUCCACAGAUGCAAAAACAGAGGAUGUUCUUGUGGUGGAUUCUUUUCAAACUUUUUAUGUGCGGCCUGUGAUAAGCAUUGGGAAAAUCAUGAAACAUUCUUUGAGACAGAAGAUAUGCGAAGAGAGAAGGGUUUGCCAAUAGGGGAGAUGUACCUGCCGUUUGCGGAGAUGCCAAACCUGCGCAAUAUAACCCUGACUGGUGAGGAGCAUGACGACAGUCGCUACCUUGCAUUAACCCAAGGGGAAGGUUCCAUCCCGCAGACACGACGACCAGUCGGAAAUGAUGCUGCUGUCAGCUUUGGUGGGGGUGGGGGUAGGGCUGGAUUUAAGCCAGUCUAUGAUUAAAUCUGUGCUGAUAAUGAGUGGCCAGUAAAGUUCUGGAAUCUCAGAUAUAUUACAAGUGUGCUGUAUAUCAAGAUCAUAAUCAGUCUUACCUAUCUGUAUGUUAGGUAGUGCAAUCUUGUUCCUUGUUCUAAAUACACAUGUGAAGUAUAAAGUACCUAUAUAAAUAGAUCAUGAUCUUGAUAUGAACAUAUGUAUUGGUUCUGUUUAGUGCAAUAAUUGAUUUCUAUUUAAAUAUCCCAAGGUAAGAAAUGUUUAGAUUUAAUUUUUUAACACUAUACAGCCUAUGUACUUAAUUGCUGUUUUCUUUCAUUACUGAAAUAUGCAACUGAACUAAACACACCAAAGUGACAAUUCAUUAUUCUGUAACAAACUUGUUAAACUGAAUAUGCACAGGUAGUUUGAAGAUAUAACAUAUAUAUUUAGGAAUAGAUGUGCCUUGUUUAGGAAUGUGUUUUUAUAUCGGUCUUCAUGACAUUCCAGUACGCUGUCGUUCUAUAACACUCUCCACAUUUAUCUCUACCAGUAAAUUAAGAGAUACUGCUUCCCCCAUUACUGGCUUGUGUAUGUUGUUUUAGAGACUUGUUCCAGUUUUUGUCAUGAAGUUUAUGGUUUCUGUAUUCAGGAAUGUUGUUAUUGGAUAUUUUAUGUUAUUUUGUCCAGAAGAAUGUCUUUUCUUGAUCUCACUGCUGUCAAAUGCUUACUGUUGCUAACAAUUAUAUAAAACAAUCCAAACACUGGACAUUCAGAACCACAGAAAACAUCCAAGGUACUUUUCUGAAAGGGUAUAUAUUUGGAAAGUCACACCAUGCCGUGUUUACUUAGUCUUUAGAUAAAACUGUUAUGACUCAUGCUAUAUAUUUUAAAAGUUCAAUUAAAAACAAUAAUAACAAAAACUGACAAUAUUAUUUAAAAAAUAAAUAUUGACUGUAGAUUAAUGGAAUAUUGAUAAUGUUAAGAAAUUUAAACAAUAAGGAGAUUAGAGGUGAAUAUGUGUAACUCAUUAUUGUCUCAUGUUUUGGUUGAAAUAUAUCCGAGUAGGCUAUAACAGUAAACGAAACUGAUAUGGCUUAAAGAAGCCACUGAUUCCAUAUUGUGAUUUCCUCCCAGCAAGUACUUGUGUUAAGUCCACUGAUUGUGGUGAAGCUGUAGCAAGAACUGUGAUAUAUUCUAUAUUUGUUACACACAGGUGUAUAGCUGAUGUAUUGGAUUUGUAUGUACACUGCUUAAAAGCACCAAGAUAUUUUAUCAAGUCCUUAUCUUUUGAUUGAAUAAACAACUGGGGUCACCCUGUUUAUGUUCA